UUUCGGAGAGGCGGCACGAAGAAAAGAAAGAGAAACACGCGAAAGCAAAAAGGGGCGAUAGAGAAGGAUCGGGUUAGAUACAAGUGAGCGCGCAGUGAAAGAAGGAAGGGAAGGGUGGGACACUGUGUGAGGCACACUCUGUCGGUUCUCGCGCUAGCGUCAGUUAUUUGGCUUGCCGCUUGCUCGGCGGGUGUACAGUGCGCUUGUAUACCUUUCCAACGAUUGCUAACGGUGGGCCGUUGACUCGCGAAAAACUUCUUAACGUACCUACACGCUUAACGAACGUACGUUAACGCAAUUUUCGUUUAGUUACACGACAACCAGAAUAAAACUUUGGAAGUGACAUAAUCGCGUAAUCCUCGUCUGCUCUUGAUGCCAUUUGGGACUCGCUCGCAUUAUUUGGAUUAAGAUAAUGCAAUAAUGUCUUGGCAAAGGGUCUACCUUGCUGUGGGACUGUUCGGCGUUCUGCUGUUGCUGACGAGCGCGGACAACAGCGUGCACAUUCUGUCGAAGUACCAGCAACUGAUCACAUCGACCACCCUCAACUGGCUUCCCCGUUCUCACUAUGAUUCCUCGAGGGAAAUAGUCAUCGGCGGCUUUGAGAUCGAAGAAUCGGAAGACGACUCGUUCAACAAUCAAGCGGAGAAAUCGGAGAGAAAGAGGCCCCUGUACGUGUGCAGGGUACUGCACUCGACCGUCUGGGUGGCUGGCACCCAGAGGGGUGACGAGCAACGAUGCACCGUGACAAUUCACGAUAACGUGCAGUCGUACGACAAAUACGAGCUGCUAGAGAACAUAGACAAUGCGGCCCGCGUCAACUGGGAGUACUGGGACAAAUACAAGAACACGCCGUUCGGCGCCGUGGCCACGGAGAAAGAGAAGAUGUUCGUCGCGCGUCACGCCGCAGAAACUGACAAAAAUACGUCGUCGCCGAGGUACACCCAUUACAUCGGCACCUUGACUGCCUUAGACAUUCUGGGGAGUAUCAGCUACGUCAGAGACGAUGGCACCGAAGGAACCGCAAAGAAAGGCGACGUUCUAGUCGAGACGGAACCGAUUUACUACGAUUUGACAAGGGUUAAAUUGAAUUGGCCUAAAAAGCGUGUGAUUAAACGUACGCCCAAUACCCUUGGCAAAACGACGUUUGCCAAUAAGGGGCCGGAAGCUGCGAAUAUGGCGCAAGCUUUUACUUACGAGUACAAGUAUUCGAUGUACUGGGGUCAAGGCCACGCCAUUCUCAAAGGCCUAAACACAUCAAUUACGUUGACGAACGGCACCGCUUUACCAAAAAUAAUGUGGGGCACAAAGGAAACUAACAAUCGUACCGACGUAUACUCGGUAGAGGUGUUCCUUGAACCUGGUACAGGAAUAAACGUGAGCCUGACAGCGAAUUAUACCAACAUGGAGGUACCAUAUAGUGGAACAUUAAUUUCCUAUUACGAGGAUAGAGAGACGAAGUCUCGCGUGAUAAGCGGUAUUCGUACCGAGGAGACCAUGUUCGAUAUAAAACCUGAAUUCGGACCUAUUUACUUCCUCGGCAAUUACAGUUUAGUUCCUACCACUACCGAGCCACCUACCACGGAACCGAGCACUACCACAACCCCGCAGAACGUGAGCAAGGAUACUCAUCAUCGUCAUGCUCACGAUAUGGAAGAGAGCGAGGACCACGACGAGAAUAUGAUUAUACCGCCGAAGAAAUCGGAUAUGUCUAACAUGCAAAGCGACGACGGUGGGCCGUUGUCAUUGAAAAACAAGGUGGAGACGACGCACUCCGGAGCAUCGUCUCUCCUUAGAUUAAACGUAGAGCUGCUUUUAAUUUCGUUACCAAUUAUUGUCCAUAGAAUCACGUGAAAAGAUCAAUGCCUCUAAGAGUAUCCUAUAAGUUCUAAGUUGCAAUAGUAAUAUAUUCGUAGAGAAAAAAAAAGCCAGUGUCCAGAGAUUAUCAAAAAAUGCAGAAAAAAAAGUAAAAAAGACAAAAAAAGAAAUAGAAAAAAAAAAGAUUAAAAAGAAAAAAAAAACAUAGAUGAACCGAAUAUACAAAUACACACAAGAUGUUGCUGUAAUUUCGUACAUAUAGCCGAGUAUGGAACGAAAUAAAAAAAAAAAAGCUACCUUGAUUAUAAAUCGCUGAUCAAGUCAGACCGCGAUGUCGACGCUGACAUAAUGCUUGCCUUUCGAAGAUGAAUAAAAAAAAUACUUCAUAUUUAAUAUAUAUAUAUAUAUAUAUAUACAUAAAAAUAUAUAUAUAUACACACGUUUAGGAUAGCACAUGAUGAAAGGGAUACCUUAAGCGAUGAGCUAGUCUCCCGACGAAUGUUAAGUACAAGCGAUCGCAGCCAACAUAUAGACAUGUUAACGACAAACCACGAACCGUUAACAUUCACCUCUAUACUGUUGAAUUAACUGAUAAAUGUGUAAACUAAUGACAUUCCGUCUUUAAACUAAUCUUCGCUGUGAAUCGAUUUUCCAGCUAAACUAUUUUAUGCCUUUGCAAAGUGUACGUUCUAGGAUCUUCUUCUAGAAAAGACUUUGGAAAAAGCUUUUGAUGGAAAAGAGAAAGAGAUAAAA